UGAAAUAAAUAAAUAGUAGUUUAGAGAGAGGGGGAGUGCUCUUCAUAUCUAGCAAAAGCUUCCCCACACCACAAUCCCCACUCACACUUUGUUUAAUUCCAGAAACCAAAAAAUAAAAAAAAAAGAAGAUUUUAAUUCAUCCAAUUAAUGUCAGAGAGCUGUAACUCUCGCCAUUUCUCAUGGCUCAUGAAAUCCUGCUACCCAAAUCCACACCACCACCACGACCCCCAUCGCCACCGUACCACCACCACCAGCACCAGCACCACCACCACCUUCCUCCACCGCCACUGCGAAACCACUAUCUCCUCCCUCCCAGACGACCUCCUCCUCGAAUGCCUCUCUAGAGUCCCCCAUUCCACCCUCCGCUCCAUCUCCUUCGUCUGCCGCCGCUGGUCCCACCUCCUCGACUCCUCCGACUUCUACCUCCUCCGCCGUCGCCGCCUCCUUCUCCGCCCCACCGUCUUCGCCGUCGCUGUCUCCGACUCCUCUCUCCACACCGCCAGUCACCGAAUCGGCCUCGAUUCCUCCUGGAAAACCUCCUCUUUCCUCCCCCAAGACGACCUCGCUCCCCCUUCUCCUGGACUCUUCUCCGGUUUGUCCUCCCACGCGCGCCUCUCCGCCAUUGCGCACAAAAUCUACAUCAUCGGCCGCACUUCGAUGAUCCGAUGCGACACCUGGACCGGCACCGUCUCCACCAAAUCGGCAAUGAUUUUCCCUAGGAAGAAAUUCGCCGCCGCCGUCGUUGCCGGAAAAAUUUACAUCGCCGGCGGCUCCGCCAGGACCUCGGCGGUGGAGGAAUACGAUCCGGAUCUCGAUACGUGGCGCGUGGUGGCUAACGCGCCGAGGAGGCGGUACGGUUGCAUAGGCACGUCUGUGGAUGGCAUCUUUUAUGUGAUUGGAGGGCUGAAGAUUGGGUCAUCGGGAGACGAGUUCUCACGCGCUGCCGGGACGGAGGCGGCGCACGUGUACGCCAGCUCGAUGGAUUUGUAUGACGUGGAGGCGGGAGGGUGGCUGAGGAGCCGGGCGGUGCCGGGCGGAGGGUGCGUGGUGGCGGCGUGUGCGGCGGAGGGACACGUGUACGUGCUGGCAAGCCAUGCAGUGGAGCUGUCGUUUUGGAGAUUCGACGCGCGUAGAAAGAGUUGCGGCGGCGCAUGGUGUAGAAUGAAGAGUCCGCCGUUGCCGGCGCAAGUUAGAUUGGAUAGUACAGUGAGAUUUAGUUGUGUUGGGGUUGAGGAUAAGGUGGUGAUGGUACAAGUAAUGGGUUGUAUUGAUGAUUUGUUGAGGAGAGGAGGGAGGAGUAGGAGGGGAAUGAAAGAAGCGUUAGUGUUGGUGUACGAUAGCGCCUCCGAGGAGUGGCGGAGAGGGGCGGAUCUGCCGGAAGUGAUUCGACGCGCCGCCUGUGUUUGUGUUGAGUGCUAACUUGCGCGUAUUAUUAUGUAGGGUGGGGUGCGUAGUAGUACAAUACAAUGUGCCAAUUGCACUUUCUUUGUCUUAUUUUUUUUACUCACUUUUUUAUUUUUUUUCAAAUGCUAGUAGUAGAGGAGGCUUGGUUUGAACGCAUACUUUGCUUUGUUUGCUGCUUUACUUCACAUGAGCCGAGGACAUUAUUUUUUAAAUCAAAUUCAAGUGAUUUUAAAUUGUGUA